UCCUCUUUAAAAAAAAUUGCACUGAAUGAAUUUUUUAUCAUAAAAAAGCUCCUUCUACCCUUUAAUUUACAUAUAAAUAUAUUCGAUUUUAUCGAUCAGUAAUAAUAAUAUUAGUCAUUUUAAUGUAGUAAUUAAUAUACACAAAAAUUUUAAUUUUUUUAUAUAUUUCAAAUUUCAUUAAUCAAAUUUGAAUUUGAGUUGGACAGAGAGAGAUGGUACGUUUUUACAAUCACAACCUCAAAUACUUUAGACUUCAAAUUCGGAAUAUUCCGUAGAUUCGUUUAUUUUCUAGAUUUUCUACAAACAAAUUGAUACGUCAUUUAUUUUGUAUUAAUGAAAUAAAAAUGAUCUAUAUGGGAGGUAAGACAGGGCAUAUGUACAUCUGUUUGCUUUUCUAUAUGGUACAAAAUAGAUAGGAAAAAUGGACCAUCAACCUAUUUUGAAUUGUGGAUAUAUUCUUAAUAUACUAAAACGGCUUCCAUUAUUGGUAUUAAACCAAUAUCUAUUCAUACAAGCUAAGUCUUCUAAUCGAUAAUUAGGCCAAAGAAAUAACUUUAAUUUAAUUAAUUCGUUUUUAUCUCUAUCAAGAUGUUUUUUUUGAUCCAAAAAAGGAUUCCUUCUUUUUAUGUUCUUCUUGUUACAAAAUACUGGAUUUUUAUCCACACUAUUUAGAUUCUUUGAGUUGAAAGAAAGUAGAAUUCUCAAUUCUCUACGACGUCUAGACGAUAAAAUAUUUUCAGGAACGACAAAAUCAUAAUGUUUUUUGUCUCGCUUUCGAAGUAUUAUUUGAUAUCUUGGGAUAGAUUCAUCCAAUUUUUUUUUAUUGAUAUAUCUUUGUUCUCGAUAUCUUUGAGGAGUUUGGUAUUUACUCUUAUGAACCAACGAUAUACCUACGGUUUGAUAUAUAAUAAAGUAUCCGUCGUUUUUUACUGACAAACGGGUGGGAUCUAGAAAAAAUAUCCCCUUUUUAUUCAAUUCUAUAGGAGUCAAUUUUUGUCGAAUCACCAUUAUAUCCAGAUUUAAUUCUUUCCUUUGAAUAGACGAUAUAGUAGUAUCUCUUGGAUUUCUCAGUCCAAGCAAGUAACAAUAUAUCUUGAUAUUAUUGAUCAUUCUUUCAGUUAACUUCGGAAUUAAACCAUCGUCUAUUAUCCAUUGAAAAAGCAAAUAGUGUUUCCGUAAGAAAAUUAUUUCUCGUCUCAUCUUAUUCCGGAUCUUAUAUUUUUUUUUCAUUUUAUCUUGGUUUUGUGCAUAUGAUCUAAGGCCUCUUCGGCCUGCGGUUUUUUUUUCUUCUUGAUUUCGAUUCAUUAAUUCAUAAUAUAUUUUUUCAUUCGAUGGUCUAAAAAAGUGGAAUUUUUUAUUCUCAUUGAUGUUUUUCUUUUUAUUUAAAUUGAAAAGAAGUAAUUUGCUUGGUAUAAUCCAUGGUUUUGUUUUGUAUACAUUGUAAAGUGGCACAAAUUCUGGGAAGAACGUAAGUUUCAGAUUUGUCGAUAUUGGGUUUAGGAUUUCUUCAUUCAUUUCCAUCCAAUCAAAAAAAAUUUUCUUGUCAUUGAUUGGAUUUCUUUCUAAAUCUUGAUGAAUCGUCAGAGAUAAAAUAGCGUUUUUAUCCAUUUUAUAAAUUUUAUGGUAAUUCGUAUUUCCAAGCUUAGUAUUUAUAUUACUGUUAUAAUCCAUUUUGGUCCAGGCCUCAAUAUCUAUUUUUUGUCUUAUAAAAAAAUUUAAAAUUGUCCAAUCAAAAUAUUUUCUGUCCGGAUUUUUUUUCAUAUACAUAAUAUCACCCGUUUCUAGAUAAUGAUUGAUAGGAAUUUCCUCCAGGUUUUCAGAUAAAUUUUGUUUUUUCUUGUUGUAAUUAAAAGCAAUUUUUUGGUUGUUUUUUAAUUCGGAUGGUGAUCCAAAAAAAAUAUAUGAGGAUUUCUUAAUUUCAGAAUUAAUAGAUUUAUAUGAAAAAAGAUCAUAUAUAUAGUAUUUUAGAAAAUUAUCUUUUUGGUUUGGUAAUGGAUAUACUUUAAAAUCCUUUUGUUUUUUGUGAUAAAGUAAUCGGUCUUUUUCAUACGAAUUGCAUUUUGUUAAAUCUUUAUUUGGGGUCAUACCACCUUCAUUUAUUGUAGUUCGCCAUUUUUUUGGUAUUAAUCCAGACCACCUAAUCUGAGAUAAAUUGUAUUGAUAAUGACCUCUUAACCAGCUUUUCCAUUGAUUCGUUUCAUAACUUGAAAGUUUAGUAUGUCUUAAUUCGGAAUGAAAUAUUCCUUGUGUUAAAAAAUAAUUUUUCAUUGCAGUCUUAAGAAAAAAAGGAGUUCCAUUAUACUCAAAAAUAUCUCUUAACUUAUAAAAAUGAAUAAUUGGGGUUUGUGAUAAUUUGUAAAAUACAUAUGCUUGUGAUAAAGAGGAUAAGUCAAAAAAAAGACGUGAAUUCCUCUUACUAUUUUGGAUAUUGUAAAGUGCACUUUUUAUAGUCGAAAUAAAAUUAAUUUCUUUUUUUUUUUUAAUUUCUUGGUUUGUUUUAUUAUUGUAGUUUGUUUUAUUUGUUUUAUUAUUGUAAAUGUAAAUGUAUUUAUCAAAACAAAAAUUUAUUGAUUCAAGAAGGAGUUGUGUAGAAAUUCUGGCAAUAUGAAUAAUACAUACAAAGAUAUCGAUGUAUAUUCUUUUAAUGAAAAUUGUUAUAAACAAAUAGAAUUUAUAGAUUAAUCGAGUGCUUCUUCUUUUUAUUUUUAAGAUUUUUAAAAGAAUAUUUGGUGAUUUGUUUUUUCUAUUAAAACUUGUUUUGUUAGGACUACCUCUUUUCUUGGCGUUACUGUUUUUUUCUUUCAUAAGACCCUUUGUUUUCGUUCUUAUCGUGCUUGUUCUAUCAGUCAGAUUUUUAAUUUUUUUAUCUCUCAGUGAAUCAUUUUUAUUAUCUGUAGAUUUAAUUUUUAUAAACGAGUCGUGAAUUUGGUGAUUCCUAAUUAUAUAAUCUUUUUUUUUAUUAGUUUCGCCGGAUUCAUACACCUUUUUCAAUAUAAAUAAUCGAGUUGGAUGUAUUUUGAAGAGUUCUUUUUUUAUUCUUUUUAUAAACAGAAAUAAAACGUUUUUAAUAAUCACCUCUUUUGGUUCUUUUGAAUCUUGUAGAAAAUCUUUUGUUCUUUCUUUUAAAACUCUUAGAACUUUUAAAUUGUUGUUUUUCGUUUUUUGCAUUUUUUUUUUAAGUUCUUUUAAAAUAGGCUUAAAAAAGGAAGGUUUUGGAGGGAUAGAACCAAAGUUAAGGGUAGUUUGCGCUCCCCAAGCCGUUAAAAAAUAAAAUUUUGGUUGUUCUUCUUUCUUUAGAUCUUUAUAAGAAGAAAAAGAGGUCCUCAAUUUGGAUCUGUGCCAAGGUUUCAAAUAAAAAGGAAAUACUAUUUUUAUCUGAAUACCAUCUUUAAACCAAUUUUUGGGAAGUUCGAAUUCUGAUACUUGAACACCAUUAUAGGUACAUAUAAUAUGCUUUUCUCUAUUCCACUCAUCGAAGUCCUCAGUCCAUUCGGGGGGUUGAGAUAAUAAAAUACGCCCAAUAUUUUUAACUAUUAUCAAUGAAGGUAAUAAAAUAUAUUUUCUAAAAAUUGAUUGAAUUAUUAAAAUUAAACUUCUUGUUGCUUGUGGAUAUGGAAUGAAAUCCCAGGCUUCCGCGAUUUUUAUCGACGCUUUUUCCUUUAUUUUGUCUUCUUGUUCUUCCGUAUAAUCUUUCAAUCCUGAUCCUUUACCCAUACAAUUUCUAAAAAAAGAUUUCAUCCGUUCAGGGAUAUUAAAAGAAAAAAGUGGGUAUUUUUUUAUUCUGUCCAAAAAAAGAGGGGAAUGCGCAUUUGCUUGAAACAAUUUCCAAAUAACAGUUUUACGCCUUUGAACACGCAUAGAACCUUUGAUGAAUUCUCGACGAAAAUCUGAUUCUUCUGAAUAGUCUCUAAAAGACAUCCAAUUUUUGAUACUUGCAUUUCGACUACGUUUAGUAGGCCUAUAAAUUAUUAUACCAUCCCUUUUUCUUGAACGUAUCUGAUAAUCUAAUGGUAGGCCUUCAUGAGCUGUGCCCGAUAGGAAUUCCAAUUCGGUAAUAAGUUUGUAUGACCAUCUAGGGACUUUUUUACUGAUUUCUUUUAUUACAAAUUUUUGUUUUGUUUUUUGAUCAUUAGGGCUAGUUAGAAUUGUAUUCAAUAAAAAUUUGUAAAAUUUGUCUCUUUUUUUUGAACCAACUCCUCCUUGUUCUUUUUCUGAAAAUAAAGAGAGGCCCUUCCUCGAUCCCGAUUCUCUAUCCAAUUUACUGAUUAAAGUAAAUAAAUGACGAUUUUCCGUUGAAAAGGUUUUUUUAUCAAAUUGGUCUAUUUUCUGUUCAAAUUCUUGGUAAUCAGUAUCAGGAAGAAGGAGACUAUGAAUCUUAUUAAUUUCCAAUGUCUCUAUGAAAUUUUCUAACGAAAUUUUAUUUAUGAUUGAAGGUGAAAUUUUUUUUUGGAUUGUUCCCCGAUAUAACCCAUUCAAAAUGGGAUCAUACAUUUUAGGCAAGUAAUAUUUUCUAGUCUUAUCAUUACACAAUCUAGUACUUUUUUCGAGUAUAUCUAGAGAAAAAAAUCCCGUAUCUAGAGCCUCAAUUCUAUUUAAAAACUCGUUGUUUAAGUUGUUAUUUUUGUGUUGGUUAGUAUAAACCCAAUGAUUGUACAGUUCAGCCGAAGAGAGUUUUUCUAGUGUGGGCAGGGACAUCCUUCUUUGUAUCAUUUCUCCAAAAGUUGACAAGCUAGGCGGAUACGUAAAAGAGAUUCUUUCUUUUCCAUCACUUCGGCAUGUAUAAAAAAAAUAUUGUGACAUUUCUUUUCUUGUAGUCCUUUCAAAUCUAUUAUUUUUUAUGUAUCGUAAUGGGCGAUUCCAUCGUUUAUAAUCGAAAAGAAAGGUCAGAAGAGGUUUUUCAAACCAGAAGAGGCCUUUAUAAACUGGGCUAUUGUUAUAGCGUAUCUCUGUAAAGUGGAAUUCAUCCUUUGUUUUUUCCUUUCCAUUCACUCGGAUCUCUU